AUCUCGUAUUGCUUCACGGCUCCCCUUCCCUUUGAUCUCCGGGGAUCGGAAUCUGGGCCAGGCGGAAAUGUCGGUGUCGAGCGACACGGGAGGCGCGGGGAAGAAGCUCCCCAGGCGGCUCGGCGGCAUGGCCGAAGCCCUCGCCAUCGCCUCCGAUCUUGGCGUCCCUAUCCCUCCCGUCCAGAAACAAUUCUCAGAAUUAUUGUUGAAGGCUGCUAGUGAUUAUGGAGCUCUGACAGCAGCAGUUGCUGAUUUCCAGUGGUGCCAGAAUUUCAAAGAAUCACCUAGAGUUUGGGGGGAAAUGCUGCAUCCUAUUCCUGCUGUCCUAGCAUCAUGUACCCGCUUCUUCGAAGCCAUGUCUGCUAUGAGGGAUUCAUUUGCAACCCUCCAACAGUUUCGUGUCAGUAACUCUUCCUUGCCGACAACACCUAGUGACUCUUCAUGAGGGGAUUCCAGUUAUGUUACGCCUCCCCAUUGGAGGGAAGGCAUGACAAGCUUGGAUGAUUCGAUGGUCGACAGUUGGAGGUAGCAAAAUGCAGAGGGCAUCCAGUGGAGGUGACACAUGAUAUUUUGGUCAAAGGAGGUUGUCUUGGCCAUCCUGAGUCAAGAUGGGUCUGUCAGUUGUGGCUUUACCAUUUUUGUGUUGGACUGAUUGAAGAUUCAAUGAAGAAAAGGUAGAACUUGUAAGAUCAGCAGACAAAUCAAGUAACCGAAGAAGAUGUCAAUUUUACAUGCUACAGAGUUAUUUUAUGGAAUGCAAAUGCUCUUACUUUUUUAUUAUA